CUAAAAUGCUAUGGCCACAUACAAUCACUGCCACAAUGACACUAUUUUUAUUUAUAAAUCGAGCCAAUAUUUAAGCUUGUUUGGACUGCACAUUUAUAGAAUAUCUAUAGACACUUGACAACUACUUUGGAAAUUACUUUCUACGGGCCUCUGAUUGGAAUUUCUUUGAAAGUGAGGCGUUACUGGGUCCUGUUUUUUUGAAUACAUCUUUUUUUAAAUACUGUAAGUGGGGAAAUGUGUAUUUUUAAAAUGUGUUACCAAACAAUGCGUGAUCUAAUGUAUUGGUCGGUCUUAUCUUUGAGGACCACUGUGUGCUUUUAUUUUGAAAGCCCCAACCGGAAACUGUGCAUGUUUGAAUGUCGCGAGCUUGCCGGACCCCGCUUCUCAGUAAGGUGAGCACGUUCACUUUGAAAGGGACUUCAUAAGGAGGACAAGCCGACAUCGGAACCACCGGAUCCCCACGUCUCGUCCGUGGAACUGUGCGUACAAAGACCCGUAAAAGAAGGAAAAAGGAGACUCCCUUAAUUACAAGAACCGCGGUGGAGUUGCUGGGACUUGGCGGGCGUUCAGACUCCGGUAACCGACGAUGCUGAAGUGAAACGGAAUAAGCUUCAUUCAACUCGCUGGACUUCUUCCUUGAUUUUUUUUUUUUUGGCACCGGAGUGCGACCCCACUAACUAACCAAACAAGUGUGUCCACUGAAGGUACAACGGAUCUUCCUUUUCUUGUAUAAAAAAAAAAAAAAAAAAAUGCACUUCCAGCCUUGCUCCGAGGUGGCUCGCAAGUGUUGUCCAGGGAAGUGACUGACAGCUCGGCCACAGCUGCGCGUAAUCACCCGCUCCCUCCUUCCACCUCCACGGAAGUCCAUUUCUAUUCCCUUUCAUUUUGUCGGGAUUCGUAAAAGUUGAACCCCCGUUUUUUUAAAAGGCAAAGGGAUGAUUUUUUUUGUGUGUCAUUUAUGAUUUUUUUUGGAGACAUUUCUUGGAACUUCACGAGGGGGCACAAGCGCUCUAGCUUGGCCGGGGAGAGGACGCUGGUCGGCGGCGUGAAAGCCCGGGCAGGGACCGCCAUCAUCCAUCAGAUUAAGAUCAAGGCAGCCCUCGGAGGGACUGCACCCUAGAAGGGUCCACUCAUUCUGGGAUUAAACCGCCACCUUUCCUGGGGAAUUCUACCAUGUCAGGUGCAGGGGAUUGCACAUGGUCGCUCCUCAUCUGUGUGAUGGCGCUCUCAUGUGCUCUCGCAGGGAAAGUCUCCCCGACCAGUUCCGACGGCCUCUUCGGCUCCUCGGCGACGACGGCCCGUCCUACGCCCCCCAAUGUCUACCUGCCGGCCAACUUCAAAAUGUCCAACGCGCAGCUCGCCUUCUUUCUGCGCGAGGCUCAGGUCUCGGGACAAAACGCGGGGGCCAGCGGCGGUCCCAGCGGCGGACACCCUCUGCAGCGCUCUGAGAGUUUUGUGGUUUUCCAGACAAAGGACCUCCCCGCCAUCAACAUCAGCUUUGGGCCUUUUGCCCGGGACCAGUCGCUGUCUAAGGAAUUGCUUCAGCCAACCAGUCCUUUGGACAUUCCUGGCCAGCUGACCGUCAACUGGAAGGUGCGAGCCUUCAUUGUCCAGUCGAGGGUGUUCUCCAACAACCCCGCGGUGCAGGUGUUUUUCUACAUCGCCGGCCGGGAUUGGGACGACUUCAAGGCUCAGGACAAGCUGCCGUGCGUCCGCCUGCAUGCCUUCCGCGACGUCCGGGAGAUUAAAACGUCGUGCCGCAUGAAAGGCAACCUGGCGCAGUGUUUGGCCCAGCUGGAGUUGCCGGCGACCUGGUUUAACACCAACGUGGCGCCGCUGGGUCGCCGGAAAGGCUCCGGGGACGGACUCCUGGACGGGCUCACCGGCGAGACCCUCCAGACAGAGCUCUACUACACGCUGCACGAGCCCAACGCGGAGGGCGAGUGCGGCGAGACCUCGGGCCACAGGGCCGGCGGAGGGUCCAGGGGGGAGCCUCUGUCGCAGCACCCCCUGCUGCGCAUCGGCAGCAUCAGCCUGUAUCAGGCCAGCCAGGAGCAGCUGCUGGUGGACAAGCAGCUGGACAAGAACAUGUUCCUCAGGCUGCCGGAGAAGCCUCUCAAGCCUGGAGAGACACUCAGGAUCUUCUUGUACUUGAUGCCCAACUCCUCUGUAGAGCAGUUCACCCUCAAGGUGAAGGCCAAGAAAGGGGUGAACCUGAUCCAGACCAAGUCGAAGAACGCCCAGUGGAAGGUGGAGUGGGAGGUCCUGUCGGGCGCCAAGCAUUCCAUCACCACCAUCGACGUGAGCAAGAACAGAGGCGUUAAACAAGGGGAUAUUUUGGGGAACGCCGAGGUGAUGCAGUUGGACUUCGAGAUGGAGAACUUCACUAGCCUGUCGGUGACCAGACGCAUCAACUGGAACAUCGACUACAAGGGCCAGAGUCCGCCAAGCGAGUCGGAGAAGGUGGUGACCGAGUUGACGGUCGUGCAACGGGACAUACAGGCCAUCCUCCCUCUGGCCAUGGACACGGAGAUAAUCAACACGGCCAUCCUGACGGGCCGCACGGUGGCCAUCCCCGUCAAGAUGGUCUCCAUAGAGAUGAACGGCGCGGUCACGGACGUCUCGGCCUUCGUGCAGUGCAAGUCGUCCAACGAAGACAUCGUUAAGGUCUCCAUGAAUUGUGACUACGUGUUCGUCAACGGCAAGGAGACGCGGGGCUCCAUGAACGCCAGGGUCAUCUUCAGCUACGAGCACCUGAGCGCGCCCCUGGAGCUGACCGUGUGGGUGCCCAAGCUGCCCCUGCAGGUGGAGCUGUCGGACAACAACCUGAGCUUCAUCAAGGGAUGGAGGGUGCCCAUUCUGCCCGACAGAAGGAGCACCAGAGACAGCGACGCGGACGAGGAUGACGACGAGCGCCGGGUGAGCCGAGGAUGCACCCUGCAGUACCAGCGGGCCCUGGUCAAAGUUCUGACGCAGUUCCACACCACGUCCACCGAGGGCACGGACCAAGUCAUCACCAUGCUGGGACCCGACUGGCAGGUGGACGUCACGGACCUGGUCCAGGACUCGCUGAAAGUUGCCGACCCCCGGAUAGCGGAGCUGGUGGACAGGACGAUCUUGGUGGGCCUGGAGUUGGGUUCCACCGCGUUAAAGGUGGACUCUCCGCUGGCUGUGGACGCCGUGCUGGGACAGACGGCCUUCUCUGUCACGGACGACAAGGUUUCCAUCACCGAGCUCCGCGUCCACGCCGUUUCGGGCCUGACCCUGACGCUGCAGCCCAGCCCGGGCAACAGCCACACCAUGGUUGCCAAGGCGACGGGUCUGCAGACUCUCACCGCUCCCAAACAGGAGGCCAGUCUGUCCGUCUGGAUGUUCUUCAGCGACAACACGGCCGCCACGCUGACUUACUUCGAUCCCAAAGACUACAACUUCAACGCCUCCUCGCUGGACGACAAGGUGGCGUCGGUGUCCCAGGAGCCCCAGCAGCGUUGGCCCGUGGUGGUGGCGGAAGGCGAGGGCUCCGGCGAGGUGGUGCGCGUGGAGAUGACCAUCGGCGAGGCCUGCCAGAAGACCAAGCGCAAGAGCGUCAUCGCCUCGGCGGGCGUCCACGUCAAAGUCCGCUUCGGCCCGGAAGACGACUCCGAGGAGGAGGUGACCACCGAGGGGGAGGCGGAGUCGGCCCCCGUUACCCGCCGUCCCAUCCUGGAUCCCAACGUAAGCGGGCGGAUUUACGAGACGUCCAACGAGCAGCCCGCCAGCGUUCCCAUCGAUUACACCAACUUCCCCACCAUCAGCAACCAGGAGCCGCCCACUGAGAUGGACGAGGAAGAAGAGGACGAGGACGAGGACUUUGUACACUCGCGUCGCAACAUGACCGACCUGGAGAUCGGCAUGUACGCCCUCCUGGGCGUCUUCUGCCUCGCCAUCUUGGUCUUCCUCAUCAACUGCAUCGUCUUCGUGCUCAAGUACCGACACAAGCGGAUCCCUCCGGAAGGCCAGGCCAACAUGGACCACUCCCACCACUGGGUCUUCCUGGGCAACGGCCAGCCGCUGCGGGCGCAGUGCGACCUCUCGCCGCAGCAGGCGGAGAGCCCCGGCAACCCCCUGGAGGGCGUCCAGACCUGCUGCCACGGCGACCACCACAGCAGCGGCAGCUCCCAGACCAGCGUGCAGAGCCAGGUGCACGGGCGCGGCGACGGCAGCUCCGGCGGCUCCACCAAGGAGAACGGCGAGGACGCCAGCUCGCCCACGUCCAAGCGCAAGCGGGUCAAGUUCACCACCUUCACCACGCUGCCCACCGAGGACCUGCCCUACAACUCCAUCCCCGUCGCCGACGAGGAGGACAUCCAGUGGGUGUGCCAGGACAUGGGCUUCCAGGACCCCGAGGAACUGCACGACUACAUGCGCAGAAUAAAAGAAAUCGCCUGAGCGCCGAGGCGCCGCGCUCUCCUUUUUACCCGUUCCCCCACCCUUCCCCCCCCCCGCCCCCCUCCCGCCGCAGUGGAAGACAAAAAACCUUUCACGGACUCGGUAAGUUUUGCUUUGUUCCGUUCGUUUUUUUGCACAGUGCUGUGAUCUUCGACACGCUCACACUCGCCACUGAGGAGCAACAAAAAAAAAAAAAACAGAAAUGAUAUUUAAAAAAAAAGGAAGCGAGGACGCAGAAGGAAGCCAAAGACGGACGAUCUUGAAGAUCUAAGCCAGGCGCUCGCUUCUUUGGGCUUCAGUGGAAGUGGACGCGAGCAAAGAGGCCUUUGAUGAACACUACAAAAACACUCUCAUUAAAGGCUAAACUUCUUUAUUCGAUUUUUUUUUUUUUUUUUUUUUUGCCAAAGUAGGAAAAGAGUCAACGGCGGUACUUUUUUCGUCAUCGUCCUUUUGUGUCCGCUGCGCAGAUAUCAUUUGUACUCAUCGCUUACAUUUUUCUACACGCCGCCGCACUCCUCCCACUCGUCACUACUACAACAGUACGUACGGGUAGGGAAGGGAAUCAUACGGCCACAUUUCUGGGAGGCAAUGCAGUCUGCUGAAAAUGGUGGAGAGUGCCACUCCACAAACACAUUGUAAGAUACUCAACACUCCGCUGCCAUCUGGCGGCGGAAUGUGGAUAGUGCAACCCUCCCUCCACACACACACACAAUUUGUCACGUUUCACGUGUCAGGUCAAUUGUGACGAACGGAGGGGGUUGGCAUAUGAAUCCCCUUCCUACUGGCCCCAGGACAGUUCCGAUGCCUUACAAACACACACACAGGUCACCGGUAGCGCGUGUGUGCGUGUAGCGUCUUACCCCGUAGCAAGCAGCUCUGUGCGUGGCGAGGAUCUUUGCAUGGACGCCGUCACUUACGACUAUUAUUUAUUAUUAUGAUUAUUGCCAUUUUCAUCACCCAAAUUUGUAAAUGUGGUAAGAAUAUACUCAUGCAUUACGCGCAUGCCAUGAUGAUGUCACAUACAUGCAAACAUUCCUCUCUGCUGUGUAUAUAUUGACAUAUAUACAGAAAUACAGUAUAUCUAAGACAGCUGCUUGCACUGACAAAAAAGCGCCAUGAAAAUUGUAGCUUUUUUUUUUUUUUUUUUUUUUUUUUUUAAUUAAUUGUUUUUUUAAAGAACUGUUUGACUGUUAAAGUUGGAAAUUGCAGAUUCCCCCUCACCCCGAAAAAAAAUUCUAAUGUCAGCGUUAAUCCACAAGAAGGCCAGCGGAGAGACGUAGCGUGUGUUGGUGUUUUUGGUCGUCAUCUUUUGUCGUUUUUUUUUUUUUUUUCCGGAUGCAAACGAGAGACGUGUGUCGUGUAAUCCUAGGUGAAAUGUAAUCCCCUAGUACAAACAGCAACCUGGGUGAUGAUGUCAUCAGGGUGACCUGGGUAAUGUGCAAGCUAGGUUGUGUGCCGUCGCAUGUGUCACUAAUAAUUUUGGUGACGUUUUCAAAAAAAUUUUGUUAAUUUGGGUCGUUCAAAUACUGUGUAACAUGUAUUUGGUACUUUUAGAGUGACGGACCGAAUUCCGCCUGUGCUACCGGGUACCGAGUCACGGACAAAUGAACAGUGCCAUAGAGCGUCGCGCCCGUUUGGCAUACCAGUCGGCACCGACUCAAACACUUGGCAGGGAAACAAGCACUCGGAACAGACUCCGUCAGACUGCCUCAGGUUUCAAAGUCAAGGCCCAGGGGCCACAUCUGGCCCGCUGCAUCAUUUGGAAUUAAAUGUAGUCGACUGACAGAGAAAGAAUACAUGAAAUGCAUGCCAUUUUUUUCAUCUUUUAAAAUGGAUCUAAAAUUGCAAC